AAGGUAACUCUCUGAACGAAGAUAGAAGCCCGGUCUUCCCACCCUUCCACAAUUCAACUGCAGGGCGGUUUCUUUUCGGAGAGACGAAGUUUCGGUCUUCCACCUUCUGUUUGUUCUCAGCAGCCUGAGCUGGUGGCUCGCUUUGACAGAAAACUCAAAGAACAUGCAGGCUGACGCCUUGUCUAGCCACAAGGUCGUGCUGAAGCACGUGCCUCUGUUGUUGGGGUAUCUCGGCCUGUGCCUCCACUUGCACCUCGCGCUCGUGACGCCGGUACGUGGCAACCUACGCGGAAAGUUUGAUCAUGCUUCGACCACAGCAACGACCACUGCUUCCCAAUCCGCGUCCCCGACGGAAGGACACCAGUUGCACCGCGACGAGAAGAGCGCCGGUCUUUUGGAUCUGUUGGUGGAACCGAAGGAUCCGACAGAGCAGGAGAACGGGCUUUCCCGUGCGGGGUAUUCCGAUACCAAGAUCGAGUUGAUCAACAGCAUGCUGAACAACACCGCGAACGGGAAGACCUUCGGGCUGCGACUGCAAGUGGUGCUGCGGGCUCAGCAGAACGGUCUCUUCGACGAGUUCGUCGCGCGUGAUGAGAACAAGGACAACAAACUCAGCCAGGAGGAGUGUCCGUUUCUCCCUCCGUCCGUGACCGACAACGGUGGCGGGGGCGCCGACAUCACCGCCUUCGCGAACGCCUGCUCAAGUGAAAUCGACGCUGCUUUCCUGCAACUCGGUGGUGGUGCUGGGGAAAAGUACCCGAGGACCGCGGCGGACCAAAUCUGGUCCACCGCGACGACCGCGGUGACGGAAGUGCAGCCUGGCGGUGAACAAGCCGCGUUUCUGCAACUGUCGUGGAACUUUCCCACGAACCCUAUUUCCCGAUUUUGCUGCAGGCGACGGGAGAAGGAGAGCUCGCCCGACGACGAUUCUCAACCAUUCAUGCUGGAAGAGGGUAGGGCCCCUCCCGAGACAGACUCGCGCGCGAGACAAACUCGCGCGGGUCGUACGGUGUCCGAGCCCCCCCCCCCCCAUGACGCCGGAGUAUAUUCGCGCCCUGUCGAUGAUGCUCGACCCGAAACACGAGGGCCCGGUCCCGCUUGUAUAAAGAUACUUGUUUUAUUUUGCGUGAUCUGGUAGGUUGAGUAGGAGAAGGAGUCGCGUAACGUCGGCAGCGACUACUUUUUUAUUUUUUCCUUUGGCGAGGGUUAUGUUCGCAACGGGCAUGCUUGCACGAACAAGAACCAAAGUUCAAAUCCAAUGCUGCGUAUGCGUAUCAACAUCAUCUGCAGAUGGGUUUGACGUACAAGCAGAUCCGACAACUAGAACUCGAUGCAGCGGAAAUCCGAAACCGGCUGGAGGAAAAGAAAAAGGCGGAGGUAUUGCAAUGAGAGGCCACUGUUUGGGCGUCGGGCGGAAUGCCUGAGCCUGCUGAUCGUUAAGUUCGGACGCAAGCACCGUUCCGUAACAUCAAGCUUAAGUACGCGCAAGAAGUACUAACUUAGAAGUAUACAAAACCAAAUGUAUAAUAAAUACUUCACAACCAAUGAAAACAACUGACUUUAAAUAUAGGACGCGCACUUGAGGGCCGCUGCGAAGCGGACGGGAAAAUGGCCACUCACCGGGGAGCCAUACGAUGGACCGUGGUCGUCCUUCGCUCAGGUUUUCUUCGUUAUUUCCAAUGUGACGUAUACUUGCAAAUGAGCAUCGGGCUACUUCUCUUCCCCCUCGGAAAACUUCUACCUACUUACAUACUACUCUACGAGCUGUAACUCCUGCUGCAUCGUGGUUGAGCUUGAUGAUAUACUUGUCUGCGUAUAGAUCCGCGCACGCGAAGGCGAAGAUUGAUCCUUCAUUCUCCUGAAAUCCAGAAUAAAUUGUUGGCAGGCGGCAGCAUCCGAUCAAGACGCAAAACAAGAAAUCACGCACGACGGCGUGGGCAACGACGCCGACUGGCAAGCGGAAAUGGGAGAGUCUGCGGCGGACCCGGAAACCGACGUGUCUUCCCCGGAAGAGGAACUGGGCGCAACCGUCCGGCGGUAACUUCGGACGCAAGCACCGUGUCGUGA